AGUUUCUCAAUUCAAUAUCCAUAAUACUGUUUCCUAGCCUUGUUAUUCUAACAAUAUGGACGGUGUCUCACAUUUCACUUUUAUCGAUGCCCCUGGAUCCGCAGAUGCAACUAAUGUUGCCACCGGCCAUGCGAGUAAAGUUGUCGAGAUUGCAAGCAGCCAUAUUCUUUACACUCUCACCAUCAGCAAUGCUGGGCUCAGCGUCUACUCGUGGGUAGCUCGCCGGACUGACCCAAUAGUCACUGGCGCUGUAGUAGGUACAUCGAUGGGUCUUGCGGUUAUGAAAGGGUUUGGACGAACUGCUACUGCAAGAAAGUCCGGCUAUAUUCGCGGUGGAUGGAAAUUUGUUGACUUCACAGGCAAUGAAUAUUGCUGGUGUGUCAGCCUGAUGGGCUCCACCUGGAAGUUACUGGACUCUAACCACGAUAAAGUUGCUAUGUUCUGCUGCAUACCUACCAAGCAUCGCCCUAUCGUUGGCCAUUUGUCAAUGAACCGUGAUGUAUCAGAACAGCUGCUCUCGCUGGUUCUUUUGACCUGUCAAAUGGUUUACCUUCGUGUUAAAGCUAAUUAA